GUCUCCUAUUUGAUGGGGUUCAGAGUGAAGCUGGCUGACUAAAUAAACAUGGGGAACUGGAAUUUCCUUGGAGGCAUCCUGGAGGAAGUUCACAUCCACUCCACCAUCAUUGGAAAGAUCUGGCUCACUAUCCUGUUCAUAUUUCGAAUGCUUGUUCUUGGUGUAGCAGCUGAGGAUGUCUGGAAUGAUGAGCAGUCCAGCUUCAUCUGUAAUACAGAACAACCCGGCUGCAGAAACGUGUGCUACGACCAGGCCUUUCCUAUCUCCCUCAUUAGAUACUGGGUUUUGCAGGUGAUAUUUGUGUCUUCACCAUCCCUGGUCUAUAUGGGCCAUGCUUUGUACCAACUGAGGGUUCUGGAGAAAGAGAGGCAGAGGAGGAAAGCUCAACUGAGAGGGGCCCUGGAGGGCAUGGGGUUUGAAAUACCUGGGGACCGGAGGAGACUGCAGCAAGAACUUUGUCAGCUGGAACAAAGGAAACUAAACAAAGCUCCACUCAGAGGAACCCUGCUUUGCACUUACGUGGUACACAUUUUCACUCGCUCCGUGGUUGAGGUUGGGUUCAUGAUUGGACAGUAUCUUUUAUAUGGAUUUCAUUUAGAGCCUUUAGUUAAAUGCCAUGGCCACCCGUGUCCAAAUAUAAUUGAUUGUUUUGUGUCAAGACCAACAGAAAAGACAAUAUUCCUAUUAUUUAUGCAAUCUAUAGCCACUGUUUCUCUUUUCUUAAAUGUUCUAGAAAUUUUCCACCUAGGUUUUAAAAAGAUUAAAAGAGGGCUUUGGGGACAAUAUAAAUGGAAGGAUGAGCAUAAUGAAUUCUUUGCGAACAAGUCGAAACAAAAUCAUGCCAAAUAUCAGAGCACCUCUGCAAAUUCACUGAAGAGACUCUCUUCUGCACCUGAUUAUUAUCUGUUAAUGGAAAAGCAAAAACACACAGCAGUGUGCCCUAUUUUAAAUUCACCUGCAUUUCAGGCAGAUCCUGACAAUCACAGUGGAAAUGAUGAGAAACGCAUUUUGGAUGAACAAGAAACUGUACUUUCUGAUGAGAUGUGGACACUUAGCGCUACGUGUAGUCAUCUUCAACACAUCGGCUCAUGUAAUAAUGAAGACACUCAUAAAAUAUUUAGAAAAGAAGUGGGUAGCCCAUUAAGGGAAAAAAGAGAAAUUGAUGGCAAAGACAGCAAAAGGAACCACUGCUCUAGAUGUCACUGUUCUAUUCCAGGUGUUGCUAUAGAUCUGGACAACCACAUGGGGCAGUCAUCCCAAACAGUUUUCCCUCCGCCUGCUAACUGUGCCUGGGAACAGUUGUGGCUUAGAUCUACAUGCUGUCCCUCUAUGGAAUAUGAAAAUCAGGUGUCACCUCCUAAAGGAAACCUCAAGGGCCAGUUCAGAGAGGGCACAAUUAGCACCCUGCCUCCUUCACUGGGAGACUGCCAACCGCUUCACAUUCCAGACACUCCUGAUUCUUUGGGACAGUUGUCCUUUAAAUCUGAUUUGGCCAGAAGCUGCAAUAAUCCUACUGCUUGUCCUCCAAAUCAUUUGGUCUUGCUGACAAAUAACCUCACUGGUAGGCGGGCUCCCACAGACCUUCAGAUCUGA